AUGAAUGGAAGAAUAGGGGGUUUGCGUUUCAUUGGCGUGAAAUCUACACCAUUAGUUUACUUCGUGAAAGGGGGAAGAGGUGCGCUAGCGAUCUCAAUUUUCGACCAAGCCGCGAUAAGCAGUUCGAAUGGACUCCAAAAAACGAGCCAGGGUGAAAUCGACACCAAUCCGGAUGCAGGAUGGGCAUGCGGGAAAGACAGGCUGGACAGGGACGCCGAUUUCGGCGAGCGGAGGGGAGGGGAGGGGAGGGGAGGAGAGGAGAGGCGAGAGCUGACUACCAUCAAGACCUCGGGAAUCUUUGGUCCCGUGCACUGGCUUGGGUGA